UCAGAGAAAACCAACCCUAUCCUUUCAGAAAAAAAGAAAAGAAAAGAAAAGCAACCGUACCCCAGAAGCAUCGAGAGAGAGAGAGAGAGAGAGAGAGAGACAGAGAGAGAGAGAGAGAGAGGAAGCCGCCAACCAACCAUGGCGAUUGGCCCCCGUUUCCUCCGCUGGAUGUUCACGGACGUCGCAGUGGUGGUCGGCGGCGUCCGGAUGGAGCGGGAAGACGUCCUGGUGGUGACGAACCUCGCGGGAGAAAGGCUGCCGACUGCCGACCCAAGCGGAUCUGUAGUCAUAGAGAAGUUCUUGCGUGCUAACAACUGUGUGAUAGUUGCAAAGAAGGAUUUUUCCAAACUGAUAGUUUACUUCGGCAGUCCAUGGACAGAGAAUGCUCAGUACAAAAUUUCUCAAGCUAAGCAGAGGCAUGUGUUGAUCUUGGUGUAUCGAGGGGACAAGAUGAGUGCACUGAAACAUGUGAAUGCACUUCUUGGAGGCGAGGUUUCAUUUUUCAGUGAUGACUUCGAAAGGUUCACUGGAUCUAAGGUCUGCGUUGCCACUGAUGGAAAACAAAUUACAAAUCAUUCUCGCCGGUGCUUUGUAGUAGGACUGGAUACUGUGGAUAGGUUCAUUAACUGAAAAGAAGUUCGUUUGCCUUUUCUCUUUCUGGUCCUUUUCUUUUUUCUAUUUGUUUUUGGGGCAUUAUUUGUGUGGUUGCUCCCGGUUUGAAGCCUUAUUAUGCGUUUACCGUCAUUUUUUCCACAGUGCAUCAUCGGCCUACUGUUCCCCAAUGUUUACAACAUUGCCCCUGGUUCUUAAGCCUAGUAGGGCAAUUGUGAAAACAGUGGACAAUAGGUGAAUGGUGCAAAGUGAAAAGAGGCAAACUUAGGGUAUGUUUGGGAGCACUCUACUCUAAAAAAAACUGCUCCACUCCACCAACUCUACAAAAUUACUCUAUAAAAUUACCAUCCAAACAUA